CCUUUCAGUUUUCAUCUCGGAUGACAAAAAAAACUUGUCAAAAUGGAGACCAAUACUUUUCAGAUGCCUUUGAGUGACACAAGGGGGCAGCAACGGGUCUGUGUGUAAAGUGCCUUUCUGAUCAGGAUGUGGAUUUCUUUUGGCUCUUUGCAGCCGGUGUACAUGCAGUGUUUAUCUAACUUUUAUUUAUUUGAACAAUAGCCGGGACACCUAGUCAACUGUUCUCAAUAAUGACGCAUUAACUAACAUAAGGGUGCAUGACUGCACAAAUCAAGUAAAACCGGAUUCUCGCUGACGGAUCCACUGAUGUCAGAGCUGUAAAACUGCAUCAAGCCUGCAUACUCUGAGCUGUUCUGUUAUUUAGAGAUUCACCAAACAAACAGCAGCAGGUAUUGGCUAAGAAGGACAUUUUAAUUUUGAGGAAGAUGUCAUCCGUCGACCUUAUGAGCACUUUUAAAUUUAAACACGAAAUAACAAAUUACGAGAAGUCCACAUCUGAGAGGCUGUCUCAUAACGCGCGUCAUUUACACAUUGACAAGAACAUAUUCAGAUAGAUCAGGAAGUGUUUUGUCACUCUGGCGCUGACUGAGCAGACUGCUGCUUCUGCUGGCGGUCUGCCCUCAUCUGUAACGGUGCCUCAUCAGAGCAAUGGCACUCGUCUAGCAGAGCCCCGAGGGCCUUCAUCUCCUCCAGGACAAACACAUGGAAACAGUCGCAUUCAGGCAGGAUGGGCUCCAGACUGAAACAAAACCCCGAGCGAACUUUCAACUGGUUCUUUGAAGCGACAUGCCCUGUAGCCAGAGACAAAGAUCCUGGAGUAAGGUUUCAGUUUCCAGAAGACUUCAGGGACGAGGAAUCCAGUCAAACUUUGCCCAGGUUCUGCUUCCCGUACGACAUCCAAAGACAGAGGGAUGUGGUGGCCGUGCAGCACUUUACUUUUGUUCUGACUGAUCUGGAGGGAUGCCAGCGCUUUGGUUUCUGUCGCCUCACCAACAGCACACAGACAUGCCUUUGCAUCCUCAGUUAUCUCCCGUGGUUCGAGGUGUUCUACAAACUUCUCAACAAUCUGGCCGACUACCUCUCUAAAGGACAGAUCAACGAGAUCAAAGCGCUCCUGGCCACGCUCUACAAGCAGACCAUCCCGCUGGCUYCCGGAUCCGUCACCCUGCAGAUGGGAGAGCAGCUUUUGGUGAGCACUGAGGUGUCCCGUUCUGUCGGACUCACAGAGGGGAUUCCAUAUUUUAUCGCUCCAGAUCCAAAGAGUCUUCCUUCUAUUCCUGAAAAUAGAAACCUGACUGAACUGAUAGUAGCAGUAGAUGUCGGGAAUCUCCUUCAGCUCUAUGCCAGCAUGCUGUUCGAGAGGCGGAUCCUCAUCUUCGCCAGCAAACUCAGCACCCUAACGUCUUGCGUACACGCUCUGAGUGCUGUUUUGUACCCRAUGUACUGGCAGCACAUCUUCAUCCCUGUCCUGCCACCACAUCUACUCGACUACUGCUGUGCGCCCAUGCCUUAUCUGAUUGGAGUCCACACCAGUCUUUCGGAGCAGGUGAGGAGUCGAGGGCUGGAGGAAGUGGUUAUUCUGAAUGUUGAUACAAACACUCUGGAAACCCCCUUUGAUGACCUUAAGAAGAUACCUGCAGAUGUGAUGUCCGGCCUGAAAGUCUGCUUAAAGCGACAGGCAGUGUCUCCUGGCUGUGGUGUUUCUCGAGCUUUCCUGAGGGCUCAAGCUCUGCUGUUCGGAGGCUACAGGGACGCCCUGCAGGGCGACAAGGAAGGUGACAUUUAUUUCUGUGAAGAGGUUUUUUUGGAUCACAAGUCUACCAGCAUGAAGCAAUUCCUGCAAAGCGCCAUUCAUUUGCAAUCCUUCAAGCAGUUCAUUGAUGGUCGCCUGGAUGCUCUUAACAAAGGGAAAGAACUCGAUGACCUUUUUGAGGAAGAGAUAGCAAAGUGUGAAACAACAGCAGGAAGAGGCACAUCUUAUCAGCAGUUAGUUGGCAAUUUAAAGAAAGGGGGCGGCGCUCUAAUYCUAAACAUGAAGACCAAAGCAAACAUGAAGACUAAAGGUCUCACCAAAUCCGGUUUGAAAAACCUGCUGAUUCACAAGGUCCACCAUGAGGACCGCAGCCUCCAGAGGGGCGGGUCGAUGUCGCACCGCCGUGUCCAGUCUGACAGCUUACAGAGCCGCCUGCCGAUCACACAACACUUUGGAAAAUCACGACCUCGCCGACCUGCUCAGAAAAUCAGAGACAAGGAAAUCACAAAAGAYGCAGAAGAUCUCUGGGACAGUGAGGAGAACUCGAGGCUCGCUGGACAGCCUGACUCCGAGAUUCUGAAGGAAGAAGAAGACGAAGACGAAGACGAAGUCGAUUCACCGUUAUGCGACUCAGAAGAGAUGGAUCUCCUGGGGGAAAUCUUUGACACUCUUAGCUCGCGCAGCUCCCACGACCGAGGCCUGUUGUAUGGCACUCGCAGCCUGGAUUUGUUUGGACCAGACAGCCAUGACUACAUCAUUAAGCGUGUUCCAGGCAACCCCAGCCAGGAGAGCCUGUCUCUGUCCAUCAGCGGCAGCGGCAGCUUGCACAGCUGGAAUCUGGAGACCACAGAGGAGCUUUCGGAUCGGACGGAGGACUCGGACUGGCACGGCCUGGACAGCAGCUUGCCGGAGGAGGAGGGAGCAGAAUGUCUCCUGGUGGCAAGUGAGGUCGCCGAGCACGAAGUGAAACAAAGGGAGGWUAGAGAAAAACAGAGAGAACCUGAUGGAGAAAUAAAUGAGAAGCAGGAAAUAACCAACAGCGAUAACUUUAAGGAAGUGAAGAUGGAAGAKGAGCGGAGUAAAGAAGACAUAGCAAGCUUUGGGGAAAACUCGCAAGAAACGACUGAAGGAAAAGAAGAUGAGAGAAUGAAGGAUGACAGGAAAGAUGAGGGAACUCAGAGCGAGGAGGUAGCUGUGUUACAAGAGGAAGAAGGGAAAACGAAUAACGUGCAGGAAAAUGAGACAAAAGAAGAAAUGAAAGAAACACAGAAGGAUACAAAUAAUGAUUCUACAGAAACAUUGAACUUAAAGUGUGUGAACAGAGAAGACCCGCCGUUGAAUUCGGUGGGAGAGCUGCAGAAUGACGCUACAGUCCCACCAGAGCCCAAUGACGUUACCGCCGAGUCUAAACCGCCUCCAUCUGAGGAGAAAGAGAGAGAUAAAACCCCAAAGAAGGAGGAGCAGGGGGCCCGCGUGACCUCGCCUCCUCCCAAAGUGCUUUCUGCCGUAGCGCGCUUCCAGUGUCAGCCAUACGGCCAGCAGGGAUUUCAGCUCAGGUCCGUUUCUAAGAACUCUGCCGAGCCUGCGUUGCGAUGCAGGGAAAAAGUACAGACUCCRUGUGACUUGGACGCAAACAGAAACGCAGAGGCGUCCGAGGAGGAAGACCGCCCUCCGGUCAAAGUGUCUGAACUGAAGAAGAGAUUUGAAGCUUGAUGGUAACAUCUCAGUUUUCACUGGUUUAGGUGGAAACCCAAACAUCCCCAUCAACACUUUUCAGCUCAAUGGGAUUCCAAGAUGCUCCAAAGGCAGAAGGGAUAUCUAUAUAUAUAUCAAUAACGCCAGGUUUCAUGCAAACAAAUACCCAAAGUAUCUCUUUGCUAAGCUAAGAGGCAGGUCCAUUAGCUUUAUUGAUGAAGGAAAUAGGAAAAGGUAAAUAUUUUUGGUUUUAGAAAUGGCUCAGGAUCAAACUAAAGCAUCAUCAUUAACUC